AGUAAAACUUCGCAUCCUGUAUGAAAACGUGCGCAUGAACACAGAAGAGAUGGCAAUUGUAGAACUGCACAGUCCUUCUGUGUUGACACUGGAUUCGGGCCAGGUACCAGGAGCUAGCGCUGUCUCACGUGUCUAUUUACGUGUGUAAGGGGAUUCGGCACAAAUAAACACAGCGUGACCGCUGCUGUAAAUGCCUUUGGCGGGAGAGCCAGCAGCCAAGAUAGUUGUACAAGCAGUUUGCCGCAUAUUCCUUAAUUAAGUAUGACAGUGACCGAGUUUGUGGGUUUUGUUCGCGAGAUCUUAACUAGAUAUCGAGGAUUUUCAAAAAUUUAACAAACAUUAUUGUUUCAAGACACAUGGAGGGACACCAUGAUGGGUGGACAUUCUGAAGAAGGGAAACUAGAAAUCGAUCGAAAGAUCAAAGUGGACCAUGUUCGGAGAAACUUAUUCGGCCCCGUUGAUCACGAGCAGCUCCAGCAAGAUUUUCAGCAUUUACUGCGGGCUAACAUUGAAGCUGCCGGACAAAAAUGGAACUAUGACUUCGGUCGGGAAGUUCCAUCAGAAGGCACUCUUGAAUGGGAAGAACUGAAAUGCCAUGAUGUUCCAGCUUUUUACAGGAGCCGUGUUAUAAUCAGAGAGAAACACUGGCGUGGGAUACAGGAGCCUGCGUUGGACAGGAGGAGCUGUGAGCUGCCAGUGCCUCAGAGCAAGCAGCUCAAAACCCAGGUGACCCCUGAACCCAAGAGAAGGAAACAGACCUACAUAACAGAUUACUAUUCAACAAAGAAGAGGUGUACACGCCCAAUCCACCACAGCAGAAGAAAGUAGUGUUACUGAAUAGAAGAUCUAGAGAUGGUUUCAAGGGACUGCACGUCAUUUGAAGUAAAACUGCCUUAGGUUCAUGAAGAAAAUAUAUUAUGAGAGUAUUUUAUAUUCAAAUAUUUUCAUUCAGUUACAGAUUAUUUACAAAUUGAAUGUGAAAAUGAAUUACAAUUUGGUUACAAAUCAUUCUAAACAAAACAAUACUUGACCAAUAGAAGGAGACUUCUAUCAUUGAACAGCUCAUUUUAUUUGGACGUUGGAUUAUAUUUUUCUGGACUUCUUUUGGUUGCUCAAAACAAAGUCUAAAACUUGCAGAAGAAAAACAAUUAACUGAGCUCUUGCAUCCUGCUGUUUAUGUCACGGAAUGAUUUCCACAUUUUCUACUCUAUGAUGACUUUGUGUGCAAAAUGAAUUUUAGUAGCUAUUUCCUCAGUGAUUAUUGGUAUAUAUUCUGAAUUUUCUUCUAUUAUUUUGAAAAGUCUUCUUUUGUGAUCUUUGAGUUAGUCUCUACCUUAAAAUAAACAGUAUUGCCCAGCUACAGUGAGUUAAGGGAUUGAAAAGUUGACAUUGUCAACACUGUGAUCAAAUCACAAAUAUCAUAACGUUAGCUAAGGAUCAAUAACUCCCAAUAACUCCUUUUAUAUUGAAAAUGAAAUUAGGAGACCCCCUCAGAUAAUCAUGAAGCCUAUUGGUUCAGAAAUGAAAAUUUGUAGACUGUUCACUAGAUUGCAUGAACCAUGAACUCGAGAAAUUGGAAAAAGUGUCAUGCUUCACUAGAGCAUGAAAUGUAGUUGGGUGGAUAGCUUGCCCAGAAUUGUUAGGAGUCCAAUCUCUCAGAUUUUUUGUUGUAAAUGUAAUUUGUUUGAAUUUCGAUUGAAGGUUAUUGAUUUAUCCCAUGUUUAGAUUUCUCUUGUCCAGUUCAUCUAUACUGUUCAAAUGUGCAGACUUUUUUGAGAUAGAUGCCAAGAAGAUUUUACUGUGUUAAUUAUAAGCCUGACAAAGGUACAAAUAGAAAAUCAUGAGAUCUGAUUUGCCCCAUUUUGCUAUCAGCAGAGGCAUUAUCCAUUUCCUUUUUUUGUUGAAAUGUUUUUGCUUUGUUCAGCUAAAGAAAAUUAGUGUUUUUGCAGGAGUUAAGAUGACUAAAUUAAGCAAAGAAUUAUGGAGUCUCUUAGAAAAUGUUCAAUAUCAGAAUUUGCAAUUACUUUCUUAUUUCACAUUAACUUUACAGCCUGAGCCUGUGGAAACCCAACUCCCAUUUUGUGUCAUGAGUGGAGACCGAUUUAGGUUAUAAAUUUGCUGGCUGAGCUGGUAGGUUUGUUCUCAGAGGUUUAGUCACCAUGCUAGGUAACAUCAUCAGUUGAGCCUCUGGUGAAGCGCUGGUGUUAUGUUCCACUUUCUUUUUGUGUGCCUUGGUCUAUUACAGUGGGUGAUAUUAUUUCCAGUUCUUUUUCUAGAGGUUGGUAAAUGGGGUCCAAAUCAAUGUGUUCAUUGAUGGAGUUUCAGUUUGAAUGCCAGGCUUGUCUUUGCUUAGCCUGACCUAGGAUGGAUAUGUUGUCCUGGUUGAAGUGUUGUCCUCCUUCGCCUGUGUGUAAGGAUACUAGUGAUAGCUGGUUUUGUUUUUUGGGUGGCUAGUUGGUACUCGUGUGUCCUGGUGGCUAGUUUCAUGCCUGUCUAUUGUAGUAUUUGCUGCAGUCUUUGUAGGAUAUUUUGUAUAUGACAUUUGUUUUGCUGGCUGUUGGUACAGGAUCCUUUAGGUUCAUCAGUAGCUGUUUCAGUGUAUUGGGAGGUUUGUGGGCUACAUGAUGCCAAGGGGUCAGAGUAGUCUGGUAGUCACCUCCAAGAUGUCUUAGUGUGACUCGAGUCUCUGGGCAUUUUGUGUCAUCUUGUUUGGGUUUGUUGUUUAACAGGAACUACGAGCAGCAGAAGAAAAAUACUUACACAGCGUAUUCAAGAACAAUGGAU